AUGGCUGCUUCUUCUUCCUCCCUCACAGUGGACAUCAAAGACUUCUCUCACUCAUCUGGUGAGAUCCAUGUAAUUGUGGGCCCCAUGUUUGCUGGCAAGACCACUGCCCUUCUUCGUCGUAUCAAAUCGGAGCGCAACGCUGGCAGGAAUGUGGUGAUGUUGAAGUCGAGCAAGGAUACAAGAUAUGCAACUGACUCGGUUGUUACACACGAUGGGAUUAAAUUUCCUUGUUGGGCGAUACCAGAUCUGUUGUCUUUCAGAGAAAAGUUUGGCAAGGAUGCUUAUGAGAAGUUGGAUGCGAUUGGCAUAGACGAGGCUCAAUUUUUCGAGGACAUAUAUGAGUUUUGCUGUAAGGCUGCUGAUGAAGAUGGUAAAACCAUAAUUGUUGCAGGCCUGGAUGGUGAUUACUUAAGGAGAAGCUUUGGCUCGGUGCUUCACAUAAUUCCUCUUGCUGAUUCUGUGACCAAGUUAACAGCUCGUUGCGAACUAUGCGGAAAACGUGCGUUUUUCACCUUGAGGAAGACAGAGCACAAAGAGACUGAACUGAUUGGUGGGGCUGAUGUCUAUAUGCCCGUUUGUCGCCUAGACUACAUGAACAGCCAGGUUGCUGAGAAAAGUGUUCUCCAAUCUCUGGCUGUUAAAGCUGAUUCCCUUGAGCCAGCUACAGAUGUUUAA